CUAGGAUCACAAUGCAUUACACUCAAACGUCACACUGAUACACUUUAGUUUCUCGUUUAUUUUUAAUUAAUUUUUUUUGUUUGGUUUUCUGGAGGAUUUAUUCGUUAUCCUUCGUUGGUUGAUACCCAAAAGAUGAAGUUGGCGAAGCAAAAGUCUGCUCACUCCAAGUCCGUUUCAGUGAUGAACUUCGAGGAGCGCUUUAGGGAUAGUAUAGACCCGGCCCAAAUAAACCUGGUGCACGAUCUUGACGAUAGCUUCUUUGGCAACUCCUACCAGCUGGUCCAGAGUCUCAGCGACCGCAACCCCUUUCUGGCGGCCAAGUUCAAGUUGUAUGUGGACAUCCUCUCCAGACUUCACGGUCACUAUUGCAAUGAGGUGGAACAAGGAAAGGCGCUGCAGCUGAAGGUGAAAACGGCGGAUGAGAAGCUUAAGCUGGCCCUGCAGACCACCGCUACCUCGGAGGCGAUGAUGGAGAGCCUGCGCCAGUCCCUGGAGGAGUCCUGGCGGAACGAGGACGCCACCAAGAGUCGAGAGGAGACCAUGCAGAUGCAACUGAUGUCGCUGGUCCAAACCGAUCAACCAACUUCCAAUAGGGCUAUGAGCGAUGCACCGAUAACAACCACUGCCAAGGACACCCACAUCCAGCGCUUGGUCUUCCGGGAGCGGGAUCGCCUGGCCGCCGAGCUGAAGGACUACCAGAAGCGGCUGCAAACGAAUCGCCUAUACUCCGAAUCGCUGGAGGGGAUGAUAGAGGUAUCCAGGGAGAUGAUCACCAAGCUCAAUUCUCGGGUGAAGCAAUUAGAGAGUGAGAUUUUUCGGCUGGAGCACAAGCUUAACGUGGAACAGGAUAAGUACGAGGAUCGGCUUUUGCAUGUUAACAAGGAGCUGGCUCAAGUGGUGCAGCAAAACCAGGAACUCCAGGCGGCCGACAAUACUGUGGCAGAGCUGACGACCUCCAAUGAAGCACUGAAGCUGCGCAACGAUCGUCUCCAGCGGGAGAACUACAACUUCUCGAAGUCUCUUCGCCUGCUGGAGGAUGAAAAGCAAAAGCUUUACGUGAACUUCAAGGCGGCCGAGGGAUUCAAAGAUGUCCACAGGCGGAAUAUUGCAGAACUUGACUUGUCCCGCCGCGCAGCCGAGCGGGAGGCCAAAAAGAAGGCGGACGAGUCGCUGAUCCUGGAGCGACGGUUCCACCAGCUGUCCAAAAAGAACGCAGAGCUUAACGACCAGGCUCUGGUUAAUCAAAGCGAGAUCAAGGUUCAGGAGAAGACCAUAAUGGUAGCCAAUGGCAAGCUGGACGAGGCUGUGCGCCAGAAGGAUGAAAUUGGUCGAUCACGGGACAAGCUGAGAGUAGAGAUCACCCGUCUCAAUGAUACAGUGGCCGGAGUGCGGCACGAAAUCGCUACCAUUCGCCACCAGAUGCAGGAUCUGCAGAACGAUCUCCAUCGGGCCAACAAGCAGCUGGACGAGAAGGACGUGCAGGUGCAGAAAAUAGCCCGGGAAAAGAAGGAGCUGAUCGUGGAGCUCAAUGAUGCCUACAAGAAGAUCGAUGGCAUCGAAGAGAUACUUGCCGUGAAGACUGAGCGAUUGGAGGCCCUUCAGGUCGAACUGCAGCAAAAGCAGGUGGACUUCGCAAACGUCAAGAAGCAGAUGGAGGUCAUCCACUCGGAGAAGGUGAUGCUGAUGAAGACAAUGGACAUGUGCUCCAGGGACCGCUCCGUGCUGCAGAACAACGCCACCAAGCUGACGCACCAGCUCAACCAGAUGAACAGCGCGCUGGCCACCAACGAGAAGGAGAUCUCCACUCUGGGCAACCAGAUUGAACAGCUGAACCGUACCGUCAAGCAGAAGCAGAACGAGAUACACGCCAAGAGCCGCCUGCUGACCAGCACACGGUCCGAUCUGCGGGAGAUGAAGAUCCGGGUGGAGCAGGCUCAGCACACCAUUGACACCGAUGAGAAGCGCUUCAAGACCAUGGCCUGUGCCCUCGAGGAGGUGACCAAAGAGAAGAGUCUGGUGGGCCUGCAAAUGGUCAGGCGGAAUGAUGAAGUACGCCUCCUGAGGGAGAAACUGGAAAUGAUGCAGAAGGCCAUCGAUCGGGGAACCAUGCAGUACAACCAGAGAAUCGAGGACAUCCGAUUGCUCAAACUGGAGGUGGUCAACCUGCGCUCAUCGCACGAGUGCAUGCAGCGCGAGGUGGGCAACAAGGCGGCCAUGCGCCAUGAUGUGGUCCGACUGGAGCGGCAGCUCAACCGUGAAAGGCUCAGGGUAACAGCCUUCUCGGAGGAGCUGGCUCGCCCCUGUCGCAUCCACCGCUGGCGAGUCCUGCUGGGGAAGGAUCCGCGCCGCUUUGAGCUGAUACGCAAGAAUCAGCAUCUUCUGAAGCGCAACAUACGCAUAUCCGUGGAACGGGAUAAUAAGGCCAAGGAGCUGGCGGAUUUUAUGCGGUUGCACGAGGAAUUCAAGCGGCAGAUUAAGCAUCUGCCCGAUCCCAGUGUCCUCCAGAAGCUCUGCGACCAGCAGCGCAUUAAUCGCCGCCAGACCCGCCAGAUAAAGGCCAUGAAAGCUGAACUCAGGAUCAACGAUAUCGAUCUGAAGGCCAGGGAACGCCUCAUAGAAGGUUUCCAGAAGGAGCUGCGCUUGCAUCACCAAAAGAUUCCGGAGUCCUCUAUUGGUAGGGUGGAUGUAAAGGUUCCCCCCGCUAAACCAAUGGAUAAAUUCGUGGAUCAUAUAUUCGACUUUACUUCCACCUGCGAAGAUACCCCUGAACCAGAUGAGGGACUGGAGGGAUUGAAGUUACACAUAAGUGGUUCCAGAUCCACUGUCGGUAGGGUAUCUUUUACACUUUGAAACAAUUUCAAAUAAAUAAUUUCCUUUAUAAAAUA